CCGUCACAGUGCUUUAUUUUUCCUUUUCCCUUUUUUUUUUCUUCUUUUUCUUUUUCGUUUCAUUUUUUUAUUAUUAUUUUAUUUUUUGCAUACAUGAAGUUGUUUUCAUUAACUACUGUUGUUGCAUGCUUAUGGACAAGUGUUCUUGGUAAAUAGAGACAGACGCGUGAAAUAAAUAAAUAAAAAACUCGAUUGAUAAACUUUAUAGCUCGUUCCUCUGUCUCUUUGAUCAAGGUUCCUUCUGUAGACCAUACACCCGAAGUAUCGUUAGAUACUUUUUCUCAGUUCUAUGCCAACAUGAUGGAUACUCAGCCUCAUCCUGCUUUACGCUUCCAAGACGACGAUAAUGCCAUCCACUCUUUUUUGCCUGCAUCCAAUGAUGUAUUUGAAAAGAAAGUUGAUGGUAGCUUGGUCGUGGUGGUUGCUGGUGUUCAAGACUCUCAAGCUAUAUUAUCACAAGAGACUUCAUUUUAUGUGUCUGAUGAUGAACCCGACCAUUUUGUCUCUAUGGUUCAAGAUACAGUAUACCAAAUGACAGAUACGACAAUUGCAACCUACAACUAUGAAGAGACGGAGAUUCGACAAGAGACGGACGCCCACUUUCAACAUGAUUUUGAUCAAUUCAAGACUGAAUUAUUUGAUGUUCGUCAUGAAGCUGAUGCGUUAUUGAUACAUGAAGUUGAAGAUAUCUAUCAGCAAAAGCAAAAAGAUGUCAACGUGAUUCAAGUGCACUCUUUACAGGCUAUGGCUGAUACAUAUGGUGUUGAAUCAGAACAAUACAAAGAAGCUCAAUUGAUUUUGAACUAUCUUUUUGAGACUAUCGUGAUUCCCAACUUCCAACAACAGUAUAGUCGUGGUGUUUCUCUGUUUGUAUUCACACCUGCCAUGAAACAAAGCAUGAAGCGUGAUGUCUUGACAGAUGCUCAAGUAUGUUAUGCUACUGCUUCUGCUUGUAAGAACAACACAUCUUACUGCCAUGGUCAUGGCCAAUGUGUCAAGGUCGAUAAGAACUGUUAUGCUUGUCAAUGCCAAUCUUCUUAUGUGGGUGAGUCAUGUCAAUAUGUGAAUGCUGUCAGUGAUUUCCAAUUGUUGUUCUGGACAAGUGUUCUUUUGAUUGUUAUUACUGCCAGUGUUGUUGUUUGUGUCUAUCAAAGUGGAGAUAUCGUUGAUGGUGGUAUUGUCAUGACUCAAUCUGUUCCUAAACAAGAAUAAAGUGUAUUACGUAACGUUAA